CUUGGGGGUAGAGCACAUUGCCCGUAUGAAGGUGGAUCAUAGUUUAAUAUGCGCGUUGGUGGAGAGAUGGAGGCCGGAGACACAUACUUUCCAUCUUCCAUUCGGUGAGGUCGGCAUUAGUCUACAAGAUGUGGCGGUGAUCCUUGGUUUGCCCAUUCAGGGUAUGCCCCUCAGUGGUCCAACCAUUAGGGGUAAGGAUCAGUGGAUCGACCUGUGCACUCAGUCGUGUGGUUUCACUCCUCUACAGACUGAUAUGCGCACGAGUGAUAUCACUAUGAGUGCUGUUACCCGUCACCGGAUCGUAGAUGACAGUACAGACGAAGAGGUCACCGAACACACCAGGACUCUAAUAUGGCAAUUGCUUGGAGGGUUUUUGUUCCCUGACACGAGUGGGGCAAGAAUACGAUUGUACUUUUUGGAGGUCUUGCAGGGUGACUUGGCUUUAGCCCGUCGCUGGAGUUGGGGAUCAGCGGUUCUCGGGUACCUCUACCAUAACUUGUGCAACGGCGCGAUGUGGGAAACCAAACAAGUUGGCGGUUGUAUGCACUUGUUACAGAUUUGGGCUUGGUCGAGGAUUUCGAUGGUCCGUCCCUCAGCACUUCAGGUGGAUCGUCCCCAAGUCAUAUAAGGGAUCCCCAAGACAUUGCAUACGCUUGUACCGGGAUGACCUAGACCGCAUGACUGAGAGUCAGUUUGAUUUCACUCCCUACGCGUCCGAGAUGCUCCCGCCUCUCAUCCUUAAUGAUGCUCCGCUUUGGUCGGCUAGAGUCAUGCUCAUAUUUUGCAAUAUGGCCGAAAUGCAUUACCCGGAUCGAUUUCUUCGGCAGUUCGGUAUAAGGCAA